UACUUCUAGAUUCUAGACGCUACAUAUAAUUGAAGAGAAUACCGAAUUAGUAAUUUGGUAAAAUAAAAGUAUAUUUCAAACUUAUGUAGGAAAUGCAGUUACCUUUAAGAAAUUUCUAAAAAGCUUUCGAAAUUUUUGUACGUUUUUUCUAACUCGAAUAAGUAACAAGUGACAAAAAUUGUCAAGUCGGUAAUUUUGAUUUUCAAAUAGCUUUCAAAUAGCUUAAUAUCGAUUGAUGAAUCGAUAUACGUUAUAGAUAUAGAUGAUUUUUUAAUUUUUAUCGUCUGUGUUUUUAUCCGCUUAUCGACUGUGAUAUGUAUUAUUUCAAACUGCGCCAUCAUGCAGCACACGCAAGAACUAGUAGACUGCUACUUCUUAACCUAUUAACUUAUGUAAAUGAUCAAUUGCAGUUACAAAUUUAGUGCAAGUUCGAAUUAAAAAGAAAUAAAUUUAUACGCUAUAAAAAAUAUUAGACACAAAUGUCUGGUUAUACUGGACAAGAAAAUUAUUGGGGACAAUCUCCUCAAAGCCAUUAUAACUUUGAUUCCUCUGGCUUUGAUCAACCUAACCAACAAUUCGAAUUUCAAACAUAUAAUGAUCAACAAGCUGGUGAUUAUUCAUACGCGCAAAAAGGUUAUCCUGUUCUCGAUCCUGUUCAAAGUACAUUUACUAGUGGAUCAGCUGGAUUUGUAGACGAAGAAGAAGAACCACCUCUGUUAGAAGAAUUGGGCAUCGAUCCUGAUAGAAUAUUACAAAAAACAUUAGCUGUGUUAAAUCCAUUUCAUAGAAAAGCACAAAUAGACGAUGCGAAUUAUUUACUUCAGGAUUCAGAUUUAGCUGGGCCAGUAGCAUUUUGUUUAAUGCUCGCCGCGUUUCUCUUAUUAGCUGGUUCAAAAGCACAUUUCGGUUAUGUUUAUGGUUUAGCUGUAACAUCGUGUAUUUUGAUGUAUAUCCUGCAAUCAUUAAUGAGCAAUUCUAGUAAUAUUACAUUAUCUUCUGUGGCAUCUGUGUUAGGUUAUUGCUUAUUACCUGUAGUAGUCCUUGCUGGUUUAGGUGUUUUUACAACUUUGAGAGGCCCGAUCGGUUUAUUUCUUGCCACGUUUACAGUUUCUUGGUCAACUUUAUCCGCAUCUAGGCUUCUUACAACUAUGUCAGGAGAAGAAAAUCAACGGCUUCUUAUUGCAUAUCCUUGUGCUCUCCUUUAUGGUGUUUUUACAUUGAUGAUAAUAUUUUAGCAAAAUUUGUAUUCUUUUGCUACCUUCUUAUAUAAAGCUACUCAUUAUGAUUAAAUAUUUAAUGCAAUAUAUAACAUAAUGAUAUAUUUGUGUGCUGAAUCACAUAAAUAUACAAUCACAUUUAUACAAUAUUAUCAAUUACAAAUAAAGAUCAAUACAUUGCAGAAUAUGUAUUGUUACUUAAAGCAUCUGAUGUUGAAAAUGUAUCAAUGUGACAUUUUAUAUAUUGUAAUAAUGUAAUUUACAUAUAUGUACAAUACAUUUUCUAAAUAUAUUACCAUAAGUUUUAUUUGAUUA